ACACAUAUUAUUCCAAUGACAAUUCUGAUUAUUGUUAACAUUAGGGAGAAGGUAGGUAUUAGGGAAGAAAAAUUAGAAAAUAAAUGAAACAUCAAGAUUUAGAUAUUCUACGAUGCAUACAAUAGCAAUUUUCUCUGAUAUAAUCGCGCAAUCAAAGGGUUAACUUGAGAUAUAAUUUCAGGAACGCAUCCAACGACUAAAUCAUUAUGACGUGAACAUGCCUGGGGCGCAAGGUACAUUGUGACCUCACAUGAUUAUACAGGCUUAUUAUAGACGGCAGAGCAGCCAAUUUGGCUAGCAAAUCUGUUCUUAAGAAUGGAAAAACAAGUCUAAUAUGUUUAAUCUUAUUACACUGGAAUACUUAUCAAUAAUUAUCGAUUAUUAUAUUAUAUUACAGGGUAGAAUCCCUUAAUGAUAACUCACAAUUUACCAAUUACUCUAAUUCCAUCAUACAAAUCUUGAUUGUCAGGUUCGAGGGAAACGUCAUAAAACGAUUAAUUGUACUUUUUAAUGACGUGUUUAUUGACAAGAAGAAUUAGGAGAGCGGUCACGGUGCGAGCGAGAGCAACAGUAGAGUUAGAGGCGGGGUAGGGAAGAGGUAUAAGAAGUUUUGCACGAGUGGCCACCUUAUACGGCGGCGACCCGGGCAUCUAAAUAUAAAGGUGGUCGCCGUUGCGACGAUCCUUUCUGUCUGAUGCGAAAGCGACCAUCCGAGCGCACCUCUAACGUUAUGCAAAAAGAUAUCGCAUAAUGAACAGAACGAUGAUUUAUCCUAAGGAAACACCUACUGACAUAAAACGCGAUUGUCCGAGUUGUAACUCGAUUACCUCUCCAUUUUCUGCAAUAUGCAAAAGAAAAUAUGAUAAAAGCUUAAAUUUUGAAGAAUUACAGCUCGUGCUCGCUGCUGCUUCUUAAACCUCACGACGAGCGUAUAUUUAGCGUAUAUUUAGCUUAUUUGUUUAUUAUCAUAAACGUUGAAUAAACCAACUUUGUUCUUAUGUUUUUUCACCUUUCGUUUAGUUUUUUGUCGAAGGAUAAAAAAAAAAGCAAAAUGCCAACAAUUAACAUAAUAUAGGCACAUGAAUAUUGAUGAUUCGUGUGGUAAUGUCAGGGUUGCGUUUACAAGAUGAAUGAAAAAAGAAAGGAAAAGCGAAGAAACAAGGCAUAAGUAUGCGCGGCGGACGAAAUUUCUUGAGCAACGGAGAGGGGUGUCAUCAGGGUAAUACGACGGUAGUACGACGGAUGCCAGUUCUCCGCAAGCGAGUUAAGCUCCUCGAAUUCGAGCGUCGCGAGUGAGAGAAGCUACCAGCAGCCUGGCUCAUCUUUUAGUGUCUAGUGUAACGAUAUGACGGGCUCGUGGCUGAGACCCGCGUUCUUCGUGGGCCUCUUCCUGAGCUUUCUAGCCAUUGCUUUGCAGGGAGUGCAAUGCGAAGAAGAGCUAGAAUCUAUACCACCGGAAGACCUUUGCCGGCCUUACAUCGAGAAGGCACUCAAGGAUCUCGGCACAGGAUCUUUGGAGCAGACCAGUGCAGAGGCCGAUAAUGUCAACGACGAGGAGGGACGCGAAGAAGAAGCGUUAGCUAUCACUGAGGAGGCCGAUAAAUCGAUAGAGGAAGAAGGAGGAGAAACUGAUGAAGGAGGAGAAACUGACGAUGAAAUCAAGGAGUUGCGAGGAAAGGAUCAACAAGAUCUUUCUGGAGAAACUGAUAAGAUCAGUGUAGAAGAGGAAACUGUAGAGGAAACUGUAGAGGAAACUGUAGAAGAGACUGAAGAUGAAUCGAUCCAAGCCUCUGACAAGGACGAUCAAACGGAUCAAGUUCCUAAAGAUGACAGCGACGAAGAGAUAAAAGAAGACAAGAGUGAGGCUAAAGAAGAAGAGGAAGAAGAAGAAGAAGAAGAAGAAGAAGAAGAAGAAGAAGAAGAAGAAGAAGAAGAAGAAGAAGAAGAAGAAGAAGAAGAAGGAAAAGGAAAAGAAGAAGAAGAAGAAGAAAACGAAUCCGUUAAACCAAAAGAGGAAGAAAAGGAUCGAUCCGAAGAAGAAGAGCAAAGAUCUAUCGAAGAAGAGGAGACGACUCAAUUAGACGAUGAUGAUUCGGCCGAUGCCAAGUCGUCCGAAGACGAAGGUGCAAAGCCGGAAGAAAAAUCUGAGGAAGAAAAUUUAAAGAGCGAUGCACCGUCUGACAGUGAAAAUGAGAUCGAAGAAAAAGAGGAAAGUUCCGAAAAGGUAGAGAAGAAGGACGAAGAGGAGGAAAAGGAAGAUGACGAGAGUGUUGAGGAUGAUACUUAUCAAGAAGAUGGUUCUUUGGAACAUGAAAACGCGGAUGAAGUAACGCAAAACGAUACAAAGAUUGAAGAAUUAUCGCAAGAAAUGAGCGAAGAAGGGAAGAAAUCCGAAGAAAACGACAACGACGACGACGACGACGACGUUAUAUCUGAAAAUGAUAAGGAAGCUGACAAAGUGGACGAAGAAGAUUUGGAGAAAAAGCUCGAGAGCGAAGAAAAAGAAGAACAUGGGAGCGUAGAAGAAGCAGAAGAAGAAGAAAAUGAUGAAGCCAGUAAAGAGAAAGACGAAGCUGUAGAAAUAUCCGAAGAAACGAUGGAAAAACAAGAAGAAGAAGAAGAAGAAGAAGGAGAAGAAAAAAGUGCGCAAAAUGAAGAAGAAGAGAAAAGUGCGCAAGAUGAAGGAGAAGAGAAUAGUGAGCAAGACGAAGGAGACGAAAUGGAAGAGGAAAAAGGUUCGUCUCGCGCGAAACGAGAAGUCGAAGACGAAAGUGAGGAACGACCGAUAGAAGAUAAAAGCGAGGAUGAUGAAGAAGCAAAAGUUGAAAGCGAGGAAGAACCGAGCCCUGAGGAGGAUUUGAUUCGAGAAAUACAAAUACCAGAAAAUCUUCGACCGCGCGAUCACAUCAAUCAAUUGUUAAAAUUAGACGAGGAAAACGAAGAAAAGGAACGUGCCAUACAAAAAGUCUCCGAUAUCGUUUUGAGAGAUUUGAAGAAGCUUUACGAUAACGCGAUUCAACCAUUGGAAACGCUCUACAAGUACAGAGAUCUCAGUAACAGACAUUUUGGAGAUCCCGAGAUAUUCUCUAAACCAUUGAUACUAUUCAUGGGUCCUUGGAGCGGCGGCAAAUCUUCCAUCAUCAAUUAUUUAUUGGACAUAGAGUAUACGACGAUCGCAUUGCGAACAGGAGCUGAACCCUCUCCCGCCUACUUCAACAUCCUAAUGCACGGCGAAGAAGAAGAAGUUCUGGAUGGUACGCAAUUGGCAGCCGACUGGACUUUUUCUGGAUUGCAAAAAUUUGGCCAAGGGAUGUUGGAUCGUCUCAGAGGGCUACGCUUCGACAAUAAGUUACUCGAGAAGGUCAACAUCGUCGAGAUACCUGGCAUCUUAGAGAUACGCAAACAAGUUCAAAGAUUGUUUCCGUUCAACGACGCCUGCCAAUGGUUCAUCGACAGGGCAGACAUUAUUUUCCUAGUCUACGAUCCUUCGAAAUUAGAUGUUGGACCAGAAACAGAAGCCAUUUUGGAUCAACUUAAAGGCCGCGAAUAUCAAACACGAAUUAUACUGAAUAAAGCUGAUCAAGUCAAACCGGAAGAACUUAUGAGAGUGCAAGGUGCUCUCAUCUGGAAUAUAUCUCCGUUAAUGUCUAGCGCUGAACCACCGAUAAUGUAUUCCACUUCCUUAUGGUCUAUACCCUACGAAACUGGAGCACCGACCAGGCUGCUCUACGCGCAAGAACGCGCCUUUCUUCGUGAUUUGCGUUCUGCCAUUGACAAAAGAGUUGAACAUAAAAUAGCCAGCGCUAGGAGAUUUGCUGUUCGUGUACGAAAUCAUGCAAAAAUGGUAGAUUGCUAUUUAACGACGUAUUACAAUCACAAAACAUUUUUUGGAAAUAAGAAAGAAAUUAGUGACAAAAUCGUAGAAAAUCCUCAAGAUUAUCAUAUUUACGAAGGCUUAAGUACUCUUACCAAUAUAUCACGCUAUGAUCUUCCCGAUCCAGACGUUUAUCGGGAUUUCUUCCGAUUAAAUCCUUUAUACGAUUUUCAGCUUUUAAGUUCAACUUGUACUUAUUUCCGCGGUUGUCCCAUAAAUAGACUCGACGUUGCCAUUGCAUAUGAUCUGCCAGAACUUGUUGGAAAAUAUAAAAAAUCUGUAGAAGUGGUGAUGCAUGAGAACGAGGCUAGUAGUCCAUCCAAUAAAAUGAUAAAUUAAGAUGAUUGUGCGCAAAUACAGUAUUUUUCACAACGAUAAGAGAAAUCUCCUCCCAUAAUUAUGAAUUUAACGACCUACUACGAUCAUUUUUAUUGGGAGUAGACUGUGUUCGAACAUUGUGCUGGGAAUAGAGCUGAGUCACGUAUGAAGUUAUAUAUGAUUGAAAUGCACAUCGCUGUACAUUCUCUAGAAAGAAAAUGAAUAACGAGAGAGAAAGAGAGAGAGAGAGAGAGAGAGAGAGAGAGAGAGAGAGAGAGAGAGA